AUGGGCCGCAGCGAGGAGCUCAGUGACUUCCAGCGGGGGACGGUGGUCGGCUGUCACCUGUGUCAGAAGUCCGUGCGGGAGAUCUCGGCCCUGCUGAAGCUGCCUCGCUCCACCGUGAGCUCCGUAAUCCUCAAAUGGAAGCGUGACGGCAUCACCACGGCUCUGCCCCGCAGCGGCCGCCCGCACAAGCUCCAGGAGCAGCAGCGCCAGGUGCUGGAGCGGGUGGCGCUGGAGAAGGGUCUGCCCUCCGUGGAGGCUCUCACCGCCGAGUUCCAGAGCGCGUCCGGGGCCAGCGUGAGCUCCAGGACCGUGCGCAGGGAGCUCCGGGAGAUGGGCUUCCGAGGGAGGGUGUCCACGUACACGGCUAAAGGAGGGGAAAAGAAGCAGACACUCCUCAGCCAAGAGGACGCCCAGGUGGACGUGUCCCGUCUCGACUUGCGUGUUGGACGUGUCCUCACAGCGCUGCAGCCUUCAGAGACGGAGAGUGUGUGUGUGAAGCAGGUCGACGUGGGAGAGGCUGCUCCCAGGACAGUGGUCAGCGAACUGGCUCAGCACAUACCAGUGGAUCAGAUGCAGAACCGCAUGGCCAUCCUGCUCUGUAACCUGAGGCCAGCCGAGAUGGGGGGGGUGGUGUCCCAGGCGAUGGUCAUGUGCGCCUGCUCGCCCGACAAGGUCGAACUCCUUGAUCCUCCGAGUGGAGCAGCACCAGGAGACAGAGUGACUUUCCAGGGCUUCCCAGGUGAACCAGAUAAGGAGUUGGAUCCCAAAGAGAACGUGUGGGAGCGGAUUCAAGCGGACCUUCGCACGGAUGCCCAGUGUGUUGCUGCGUACAGAGGAGCGGCUUUCAGAGUCCUCGGCAAGGGAGUUUGCAAAUCCCAAACCAUGAGUGAUAGUGAAAUCAAGUAAACUGUCAGCGCUGCUUGAAAAUCGCUGCGUUCAAAUUCCUGCAAUGAAAAAGACGUGGAAAGACUUCCCCAAGGACAGGAGGCGCCGUAGCACCAUAUUAACACCCACGGUUUUGGACUGACAUGUCCAACAACCACAUAGGGGUUGUAUUUGAGUGUCCACAUGCUUUUAUUGUGAAAGCCCAGGAAAAGUAGGGUGACGCUUAAAUCGCCCUCAGGGGAGGACAGAUAUGAACUUUGCUGUAAUUCUUUUUCUUAUUAUGAAAACCUGCAGUUUUGAAUUUGACCAAGGGAGGGCGCUGCAGCAGCAAUGAUCAUGUGCAGUAUGUGUGUGGAGACAGGAGAUGAUGCAGUACACAUGAGAAGAUGCAGUACACUUGAGUAGAUGCAGUACACAGCACACAGUCAUAUCCAAGAUGGUCAAAAGACCAAGGGGAAUUCUUCAGAAGAACCCCAUCGAGGUGGGAAAGUGUUUUUCCCAUGAGACCACAGUGGUGAUUUCCACUGAUAUUCAGAUGAAACUCAUCGGUGCAGUCCCAUUAGAAACAAGGAGACCUUCAACAGUUUUAUUUUCUAUUUAUGGUCAAGAAAAGAGCUCAGAAGUCCCUAGUUUAAAAUGUCAGCUCUUUGUUCUUUCACGGAGGUUGUGUGGGUUUUUCACAGUAUGAGUCUGACACUGACACAUGAUGUAAGUGUAUCGGUACAAACAGCCUGUUCCAUUCAGAAGGACUUGUUUCUGUCUGAUCAGUGUUAUAACGGAGAUCUCCUCAUUGUUUCUGAUUUUUGUUCAACUGAAGUUUGGAAACUGGAGAGGUGGGACUUCCGAAAUGGAUGUGAAAGUGGAAGUUUAUUGACAAAAGAAACUUCUGUAUCUAUCCUGCUAUUUCAAACUCUGCUCUUAAGUCAGUGAAAGUCAUGUGCUACUUCAUGUAACAUGUUUCUGUUUGUUUAGCCUCUGUCAUGAUCACUAAUGAUCAGAGAUGUUUCAAAACUGACAUUAGCAUCGAUAAUGUCUCCGAUACUGACGAAGAUGCCAGGUCGGGAUACAGCGAUAAUGUGAAUCUAUGAACCGAUCCUAUACCAUAUGAUUAAAGGGUAUUCGUUUCAUCCAGAUAAAACUGAA